CAAUAGAUAGAACGGAAAGAAACAGAAGUGCGAGGGGUGCACUCACAGAUUGAAAUUUAGAGGGAGAACUGCGUAUAAUUUACAAAGAUGAGCACGCCAGUGACUGUGGAAAGUAUUGCCUUAAUGGGGGUUGUCACCUUGGCAGGAGGUUAUCAACUUGCCUCAUUUGCAAAGAGAGUAGGAAAGAAGAGGUAUCAGGUGAAGCUAGCCUACCCUGCUAUAACGGGAAAUCCAGACUUUGAGUUGAUUUACAGAGCUCAACAGAACUGUUUAGAAUUCUACCCAAUAUUCAUGUCAGCAUUAUGGACAUCUGGCUUGUUCUUCCAUAAAUAUCCUACUUUCCUAGCUGGAGUUGUUUACCUCUAUUCUCGUGAGAAAUACUUCACUGGUUACAGCAAAAGUGCAGAACAAAGGUUGCCUGGGUUCCACUGGAGUGUCAGGUGUUUGAUGUCACUGUUGACAAUGGGAGUGGUGGGGCUUGGCCACACCCUACUGAAGCAGUAUGCAGGGAUCAACCUGUAUGAGCAAUAUCUACAUCAGUACCUCAAUUUUAAUUAGACAUAUUAUAGACAGUCCAAAUCUUAUGUUGUUUUACAGAAUAAUGUACUCACUUGUAACAAUGUGCCAUAAAAUACUUCAUGAAACAUAAUAAAACAUGAAAAACAGAAAAAA